AUGCCAUCUGUCGAUUCAAGUUCUUCAGACAAUCCCUCAGAAAUAACCCAAGCGAGGGAUAGCAUACACGGAUCAUGGCAAAAUUCGGGUGAGCGCGCGCCAGCACCUGCACCCCAACCUGCAUCUGCUGCGCCGCCCCUCUCCAAACACGCAACCCACCUCUACACCGUCUCCUACCUAAUAUUCUUCUCAUUCCUGGGCACUCUCGCCCGCCUAGGCCUACAGGCACUGACCUUUUACGCGGGCGCCCCCGUUGUGACAGGCGUUCUAUGGGCGAAUGUCUGCGGAAGCCUGGUAAUGGGAUUCGUGAGCGAAGACCAGAACCUGUUUCGUGAAGAGUGGGGCAUAUCACUGCCCAAGAACUCGGCUGCAGAAGACGAGAAGGGCAAGAGACACAUGGCCGUCAAGAAAACUAUCCCUUUAUACAUUGGGCUGACGACUGGGUUCUGUGGCUGCUGCACGUCCUUCUCGUCAUUUAUCCGAGACGUCUUUCUCGCGCUGGCAAAUGCCCUUCCCGAUCCGUCGAUACCUUCUGGGUCGCAUAUUGCAUCCCGGAAUGGCGGUUAUAGCUUUAUGGCGCUGGUCGCUGUGAUACUACUUACUGUAUCGCUGAGUUUAUCGGCGCUUAUUUUCGGCGCGCAUCUUGCUCUGGCUUUAGGACGUGUAACCCCCACCGUACCCUUUGCAUUUACACGACGGUUCAUUGAUCCCACUGUUGUUGUGCUGGCCUGGGGAUGUUGGCUUGGGGCCGUGUUCUUGGCUAUCUGGCCGCCAGACCGACAUAACGGCCCGGAUGUCUGGCGCGGGCGGGCAGUGUUCGCUCUGGUCUUCGCGCCGCUGGGUUGUCUGCUUCGGUUCUAUGUUUCGCUACACCUUAAUGGUCGAAUUCCUACCUUCCCGCUCGGCACGUUCGUGGUUAAUAUCUUUGGGUGCAUCAUCGAAGGCCUUUGCUAUGACUUGCAACAUGUCAGUGGUCUUGGCGCGGUGGUUCCUGCUGCUCUGACGGGAUGCCAGGUGCUGCAGGGUGUUAUGGAUGGAUUCUGUGGCAGCACAACUACCAUCAGCACAUGGGUUGCGGAGUUGAAAGGAUUAGCCCAUCGACGCCAUGCAUAUCUAUAUGGAAUUUCCAGUGUGGCUGUUGCACUUGGAUUUUCGAUUGUCAUCAUGGGUUCUUUACUAUGGACUCAGGGAUUUGCCGAAGCUGUGUGUGAAUAG